UAUUUUACCGCCAGUGUGGAGAGUGCAUUGCCAAAAAGUUGCAUAAAGCAUGUCGCCCUCGCAGGAAUCGCCCUCGAAUCAUUCAUCGAUCAAACGUUGCUGCUGAUCGAGGCCGCCGCCGUUCGCUGUACAGGGGAUCGAAGACGGAGCACAGCUUUAACACCAUGGAAGGAACGGGUCGCUUGUUGUUGGUCCUGCUGCAGUUUUUGGUGUCAGCGAUGACUACCCAGGACUUUCGACACAUCGCCUACGAAGAUCUCGCUGACAGCAAUCUAUUCCAGAUGAAUGGCGUUACCUCUUUUUCUCAGCUACUAUUCGACGUCGCCAGGCAACAGGUCUUCGUCGGUGCUCGGGACAACUUGUUUCGACUAACGCUCAGCCCUCUCACCGUCCUCGAGCACGCGCCCUGGACAGCGCCACCAGAAAAGGCAACUGUAUGUCAGGACAAGGGACAGAGUGCCGAUGACUGCCACAACUACAUCAAGGUCGUACUUAGCAACGGGAAGAGCCUCUUCGCAUGUGGUACAAACGCCUUCAGUCCUCAAUGCACGUGGAGAGAGAUCGAGAACAUAAACAGCGUCACGACGUGGAUGACGGGCGUUGCGAUGUGCCCUUAUUCUCCCCACGCCAAUGUCACGGCCUUGCUCGCCAUGGGACCAUCCGGAGGUCUGUUCGCCGGAGCACCGACCGAUUUCGCUGGGGCUCAUCCAGCAAUCUACAGAACCCUGGCCGCUCCGAAUCUUAGGACACAUCAAUACGAUCCCAGAUGGCUCAACGACCCGCAGUUCGUUGGCAGCUUCGAGACCGAGGACCACGUCUAUUUUCUAUUCAGGGAAUCUGCGGUGGAGUACAUGAAUUGCGGAAAGAAAAUCUACUCGAGGAUAGCCAGGGUGUGCAAAAAUGAUCCUGGGGGUCAGACGAUAAUGCAGGAUAUCUGGACGACCUUUAGCAAGGCCAGAUUGAACUGUUCCUUGCCAGGAGAAUUCCCUUUCUACUACGACGAGAUACAGGGUGCGGCUUAUCAGCCUGAGGAAGGCAUUGUCUACGCCACAUUUACGACGCCAAGUAACAGCAUCCCUGGCUCCGCCAUUUGUGCCUUCAACAUGUCCGCCAUCAGCGCUUCGUUCAAUGGGCCUUACAAACAUCAGGAGAACUCCGGUUCUGCAUGGGAACGCAGGCCUGUCGCACAUCGCAAUAGACAGCACUGCGGCAUUCCGACAACCAACGCGGCCAACCAGCUUCUUGACACCCAGCGGUACCAGCUCAUGGAUGACGCUGUUCAGGGCGCCACUUUGGAACCGCUCCAUACGACGACCAUGGAAAGGUUCACGCACAUCGCCGUCGACGCUACACCGACCAAGGUUCACCGGACUGUGACGGUCCUCUACGUCGCCACGACGGAGGGGCUCGUCAAGAAGAUAUCCGUUCUACCUAGGACCCAGGAAACCUGCGUCCUCGAGGUUUGGGGCCCACUGCCAUCCUCUGUUAUGACUUUACAGUUCCUGAAGGACACUCAGAGCCUCUACGUGGGAAUGGAGAACGGUCUUCUGAGGAUACCAGCCGCUCAGUGUCAUCGGCAUCGUGGCCGUCAGGCAUGCCUGAAUUCCCAGGAACCAUACUGCGGGUGGAACGACAUGACGCAAAAGUGCGCUGCCAUACCGUCGCACGCCUAUCUCGAUACUCACUGGUCCCAGCAAGCCACGCACUGUCCCGUAUUGACAGACCCGGUGGACGGAGGAUGGAGCUCAUGGAGCGCCUGGGCACCAUGCCAACACGGAACUGCAGUGCAAAUGCCGCAUUCUCACCACGGCCACAAUUACGACGACACUAAGGAAAGCACCGACAUGUGCCAGUGUCAGACCAGAGAGUGCAAUAACCCUCCGCCAAAGCAUGGUGGUGCGGGUUGCGUGGGAACGAAGGUGAGAGUGUCCAACUGCACGGUGCACGGGGAAUGGACGGCGUGGUCGGCAUGGUCGGAGUGCUCUCAAACUUGUGGUUUUGCGAUGAAAACGCGCCGUAGGACCUGCGGUAAUCCCGCACCUGCAUUCGGCGGCAGAGUUUGCGUCGGAUAUGAUCACACCGAAAGCGUCUGCCUCGAAUUACCACCCUGUCCAACUCCCGCCAAGGCUGCACCGCCUCCCAAAAAUGGACAGUGGUCCCAGUGGUCACCUUGGGACAAGUGCUCGAGGCCUUGCGGGGGAGGAACUCGUACGAGAAGGCGAACGUGUGAUAAUCCUUUGCCAAGUGACGGUGGUGCGGAAUGUCCAGGCUGCGGUUUCCAGAUCGAGGACUGUAACACACAUCAAUGCGAGGACGAAAAGCGAUCCUCGGCAAUGACGCCGUGGCUUUCGGUAAACUCUACCGUGUCAGCUGUCGGCUACACGGAAAAACGCUACCGCUUCAGCUGUCGGGUUCAGUCUAAAGACCCGUCUGGACUUCGCAUCCAAAUGUCAAAAGAGGAACGAUACUGCAACUCGGAUGGAUCAUGCCUGAAAGCCAUGGGCGCUGGAUCAAGCGAACCUUCGGAAGAUGGCUGGGGCGAAUGGUCGUCCUGGACUACUUGCACACGAACAUGCGGAACGGGCAUUCAGCACAGGAUAAGGCAAUGCGAGUCACCACUAUGCGAAAACGCGGACGCAGUUUCGAGUGAGAACUCAAAGCAGUCGAGGUUUUGCAACAUUCAACCAUGUCGAGAGAGCAGCGGUGCAGGGCAAUGGUCCUGCUGGACGGACUGGUCUGAGUGUUCGGUAUCCUGCGGUGUCGGAGUCCGAUGGCGGUCGAGGAAGUGCUUGACAAGGUUUGGUAACGAUGACGAAGACGAGGAUUUCGACCCCGAGGAAGAUGCGGAAAAUGGCUGCGAGGGACCUUCUACUGCAAGGGAAACCUGCGAGAUGCCGAGCUGCGAAUAUCUCCGUGGUUGGGGUCAGUGGAGCUCUUGGACCCCCUGCAAUUUAGAGGGGCAACAACACCGGAAACGACUUUGUAUCCAGGAACCUUGCGCUCUUGAACGCGCACGCGAAACCAGAGUCUGCCCUGUCGACUGGAUGGACAAUGAUAUCUCUAACGCCCUUCCGCGCAGCGUCGAUGCUGCUGGUAUAUCCGUCGGAGCCGUGGUAGGAGGGUGCAUCAGUGGUUUCGUGAUUGGAAUACUGUUGGCGGGAGCGCUGUGCUUCGUUUACCAAAAACGUCGACAGCCGCGAGUUCCGGGGAGCCCGCAUUACAUCAGCAAGCAAAAUCCAUACGUUACGGUACCUCUGAAGGAGGUGAACACCAAGCGACAGCCAAGUUUUUCCGGAAGCACAAACGGCAACGGAACUCUUCGUACCAAGAACAAUCCUAACGUUAACGGAGGACUCGGAAGUCCGAAGUUGUACCCGAAGAGCUUGGACUAUGAGUCUGCAACCCUGAAAAGAAACAGUCACGGACAACCGCAUAUAAGGGCCGACCUGGACCAAGACAAGUAUUACUGAGAGUCGAGAGAUUGCCGCGCAAGUAACAGGCGGUUGUAUCGCACUUGAGGAUCGAGGAUCAAGAAUGCACUUGCGGUUAAUUAGGUGCAAAAUAACGCAUGGCGUUUCGGCAAUUACCCAACGCGGAAACGGGUAGACGGAAAGUCCUUAUCAGGAUGCGAAAGCCCGGACUAGUUGGAGGGAGAAAAUGUCUCAAACGUAAUUAGCCGGUUCUUUAUUCAACGAUCGAGGAACAAGGCGAGAAUCGUUUCGCCCCAAGAUGACAAGCCUAUGAACACGUAUAACGAGCGUGGGCCACGAUUUU